AUGGUAGCGUGGAAAUUGUGGACCGAAGAGAGGGCACUUGAACUGAUCGAUACAUCAGUUAAGGACUCGUACAAUUUACCUGAGAUAUUCAGAUGCAUCCAUGUGGGUCUCUUGUGUGUGCAACAGCUUCCAGAUGACCGGCCGGACAUGUUAUCGGUGGUUAUGAUGUUGAGUGGUGAGAGUGCAUUGCCUCAGCCAAAGCAGCCUGGUUUUUUGAUAGAAGUACAGAAUGAAGUUCAUCCCUCAUCAAGCAAGCAUGAAUCUUGUUCAGCGAAUGGUGUGACAAUUACAUUGUUGGAGGCUCGUUAG